AUCUAGGCUCGUGGAAAAGGCUCAAAAAGCCGAUACAGACUGCUGUAAAACCGGAAUCUCCGCAGCCACUGAGCGGAGAAUGGCCCCAGCUACAACCCAAUACCCGCAGGAAGCAUAUCACUCAACGGAUAAGCAGAAACGUCAGUUCCAGGCCUACACGCUGCUGCGAGCCUGGACCCACGCGACCACGAA